UCAAAUGGCUUCUGUUGCUCCUAGGGAAGUCGAGAUUUGUGGAGAGGUAUCCAAGAAUUUUUUUGGAAUGGACAGUGAUGGAAACAUCAUACUGGAUGUAAGUUGAAAUUUCAUGUAAUUGUAAUGAUGAAUUUGCAAAAGGGUAUUUGCUCACUGUCUCACUUCCUCGCAUCACAUUUUGAAGCUGUAAGAAAGUAGUCAAGUUAGCUGAAAGGCUAAAUUCUCCAUUUGAACCAUAUUUUCAAAGGAAUCAUUCUCCAAUUAAAAACUUCUAGACUCCAUAUAUAUAAUCUCUUCAACAGAGUGUUAUAUGUACCUUGUCCACUGCUUCAAUGUUUCAUGGGAGAACAAAUAAAAACCCAUGGAAUGUUCAUCAGUGCAAAUGAGGACUUUUUAGUUUUUAUCCUUCUGGCAUCCAGAAUCAUGUCUUGAAUGAUCCAAAUGAAACUCACUUAACUGAAACCAUGGUGAAAACAAUAAAUUGCCUUUGGGACUAUGACUAUGUUUCAGAAUAGUAAGGGGCUAUAUGGAAAUCUCUGUUUUCCUCUUUAAGGGAGAAUGUUGUGAUUUAAUAAGAGGUUUUAUUUUUCAUUUGGCAAAUGUACCAUGUCAUGCAAUUCCACUGAUAAAUUUUAGAUAUUAUCAGUUAAACCAGUUUUCAAAUAUCUCUUAUGUUUAAGAAUCUAUAAAUGAACAUUUAACCAUUUGUCCCACAAUGUAAGAGUCAGGCUAAUAAUUGUGUCUUGAUCGUGACAUUUCAACUGUGUUACUGCUAGUGUUUGUCAUGCAAUCAGGUUGAAAGUUUAAGUUGCUUUUUAUAGGACCUUGGUUUGUUGUUAUUUAUGUGUUUUGAUGUGCUGUCAUUGGUGCAUUUCAAUCCUUAUUAUUAGUCCGACUAUUAGACAUUGUUCCCUCAUAAGUCCACUUUGUUGCUGAUCGGCAAUUAUGCAUUUUGAUGGUAGACAUCUUUUCUCACCUAAUUACAUGGUCCUGAUCUCCAUAUGAGUCUGAGAACUGGUCAAUUUAGAGACAGUUAGAAUUUCAUUCAAAUAAUUUGGCUAGAAUGUUACUUGCAUGGUUGGCAACUCAAUCUUUAAAGGUACAAAACUCUAGAACAAAAAUUUAUCUUUCAAAUCAGCAUUCUUAAUCCCCACGGUAUCAACUGAAGUGCUUUUCAUUCAACUAAUUUAUUCUUUUUUUUUCUUGUCACCAUAUUCCCAACAAUAGUGUAGCUCCAUUUUCUGCAUAAAAACACACCCAACCCACAAUUCCUACAUUCACUCUGACAAAGGGCUAAUGCUCAAAACAUCAGCUUUGAAACUCUCCAUGGUGGCCAAUUUGUGUUAUCAACUCAGUUGAUAAUAUUAAAUUACCCAGUUAUACUCUCCUACUGAUGCAGUGCCAAAGUUUCUUUAGAGACUUAUAUCCCUUAACCCAAUCUUUAGAUUGCAUGGUUGGCAACUAGAUUAAGUGGCAUGGAUUAGGAAUGGCUUUUGAUGUUAUAUUUUAGCUAAGGAGAGAAUGGUAAGAUUAGAUCUCAGAAACUGAGCCAGCACAGUUGACUGGACUCAUGUGAAUGGCUCCAUGGAGCUAGGGAUUCUUCUCCAUGCCACUUCCUAAGUAAUUAGGGCUCAGGAAAGGUAGUGCAUUGUGGUGUCACCAAGGGUUACUAAAGAACUUUUGGUGAAUAGAUGAUUAAUUUUUUUCGGAGCUACAAAAGCUCUUUUUUAGGCUUUACAAGUGAUAAGUAAAUGAAAGAUACUAGGUAAUGGAACUAAACAAAUAGAUGAAAAGACCCUUGAUUAAAUAAUUGCAAAUAAACAGAGCAUAGUCACUUGAAAGCAACCAGCUGAGCAAACUGGCUGGCUGAACUAACUGCCUUCUGAUUGAUCAUCAUGCUUUGUUACUCAUAACUGCCCACAUAAAUCUGACUGUUGGUUAAUUGUCACUUUGGACAUUACCACUAGUGACUGCAUGGCUCAGAAAUACCUUAAAUAAACUGAAUCCUCUGCAGGAUACAAUCCAUUAUCAGUCAAAGUUUUUACUUUAACUAGCGUGUAAAAUUAUGAUAGCUUAACACAGAGAAUUAUCUUUACAGCCAUUGAGAAUGUUACUGGAGACUUAAUUUUGCAAAAAUUCAUUUUAAAACUGGUUUUCUUUUUAUUGACCCAUUAUGUGCCUGAUGUGUUGAUCAUAUAAAUAUGCUAAGUUUGGCUCUUGUAAUUCUGCUUUCUUUGUUACUUUAUGUUGAGAAUUCUUAUAAAAAGGCUUUUUCGGUGGAAAUUAUUUUCUCAUUGGUGCAGAGGGAAGGAUUAAUUUCCCAGGAGGGUGAGACAACAGAACUUAAUUCCUCCUGCAGUUACCUCUAGAUCAUAGAAAAUAAACCAUUUUACUUGCUGUCACCCAACAUCCCCUUUGUACUGUUAUCAUGAAAAAUAAUGUACUCAAUCAAGUAAAGGAAAAGAACUUUAUUUGCUUGCUGGAAAAUAAUGUAGGGGAGGGGGGCACCAACUGAAACUUUCUUUGAGGGAGGCUAUGGGUGAGGCUUUUCCUACAAGUAACUUUUUGUGGAACCUAGUUAAUGGAAUUUAUUUAGUUAGUAGUUUGUAAUUUCAAAUUCCGGGUCAAGAUGGUUUGGGACAUAUAUUUGAUUGUUAUAGAUCCAUUUGUUCUGACUUAUUUUCUAUAAUUCUUUUGUUAAAAAAGAAUUUUGAGGAAAAAAACCCAAAUUAUUUAAACUAUAUAAUUGCCACUGGAAGUAAUGAUUUUACUAACCUGUGUCUAUUUAACUAAAGAUGUAUUUUUAAGUUAAAGUGGAGAUCAACUCUUUCCUUUAUAUUGUUAUUUUAUGGCAAAUGUUUUGAUUGUUUUUUUGUUUUCAUAUGUUUAUCAUAAUUAAAGCACCCUGCUUAAGCAACUUGAUUAGUUAACUAGUAAAUGUUUACUUGCCCAAGAAGAAGAAAGAGGGGGAUUCCUUAAGUUUUCAUGGAACAACGUUUAGAGUCACAAAGUCAUUUGUUGUAUUAUGAAGGCUUUGUAUCAUUCUUGAUGUUCACAGAUGGAAUCUAACAUCAUUGAAACAGAAAAACUGACAUUUUAUGUGAGAGUUGAUGGUGAGUGCAAACAAAAUUAAUCUAAUUACUGGUCAAUUUAUCAGUAUAACUUAAUUUUUUAAAUUUUUUGUUUCCUAUAUACAUGUAAUAUUUUGAUUAUUUUGAUUGUUAAAGUUACAAGAUACUUUCAUAGUUGUGUCACAGAAAAUAACUAUUACAGGUGAAUAAUUGAUUGAUGUCUUCUUUCAAAAGUUGAGAACUUUUCAAGUUCAAGCAUGUAAUUUUUAUUGCUGACCUUUACACUCUACAUCAUAUUAAAAAAAUAUGUUGACAAUACAGGAAUCAUUGUAAUUUUUGUUCAAGUUCCAUAAAUUUUUGUUUUUGACCUCUGUUAUAAAACAGGAGGCUACAAUGUGGGCAAAUUGCACUUGCUGAACAGAUAUGUUAAUGAGAAUGAUGACUACUUUGAAUCUCGGAGAGGUAAGAAAACGUUUAACAAUGAGCAUGGAAGCAAAUCAUAUGAGUUUUUUGAAAGUUCUAAGUGAUCUAAGAUUUAGUCUAUGUUCAUUUGUUCUUUUUAGAGAGCUGGUAUUGUAAAAGAAUAAGUCUGGACCAAGACGUGAUAGUGAACCUUAAAAUAGAGUACCCUGCUGCUUUGAGACGGUAUCGAGAUAUUGACCUACUACAACAUAUUGAAGAGGAGCCGGUUCUGAACGAUUAUCACCCAAUACAUGCUUUUAUUGUUGUGUAUGACAUAACGCAGAGACAUACAUUUGCGGUAGCAAAGAGGUUGGUUGACGAUUUCACUAAAGAGGCCAGGCCAGGUGCCUUUGUAGCUCUUGUGGGGAAUAAAGCAGAUCUUGAAAGUAUAAGGAAGGUGUUCUUUGAGGUAAGUAAUGUGGCCAUGUUUAUAUAAUGCUAGUGUGCUACAUGUGGUAAACAUGAAAUCACGUAGGUCAAAAGGUUUUUUAAUGGUUUUUGUAGAGAAUGAUGUAAAUCAUGUUUGAGAAAGGAUAGUAAAAUGAGGUGGUUUAUGAAAGCUCUUUGGACCAUUUUUGUAUGAUUUCUCAUUGUGCCUUUGGUAUAAAAUCAUUUUGUGAUGCAUUUCUAGUAAGUACUUAUUUACAGUGCGACUCUACAUGUAUCUUGCUGUAUUAACGUCAAAACAUGGGAACUUCCUACGCGUCUUUUAAAAUCUUAUUUGUUACGAAACCUGAGAAGAGAAACUAUAUCAGGCAUUUGACAUCCAGCUUCCUAAAAGGCAGACUUCCCUGUUUCAACCAAUGUCAACAACACCAUGCUCACCAAGCAUAUGUCAACAACCUGACGUUGGCACCUCGCAAGUAACCUUUUUCACAACAUUGAAGUAACAAACCGAACUAUCAGAAUGAACUAUUCUUGUUUACUUCUUUUGUUUUUAAGACAGAAAACAAUGAGUUAAUUCACAUACGGUUGAAUGACUACUAAUGACAACAGUGCUUCUCAAGACUUCUCUUACCAGGCUUUAUUGUAAAAAUUUAAAUUAAAAAAAAUUGAUUAGACCCAUUUUUUUGGUAAUCAAUGGUGUACUGUAUUCCUUUUUCUUAUAUAUCUUUCCUUAUUUUCCUUCUUUCAGGAAGCUCAAAAUUAUGCAGAUGAAAACAAUAUCGUUGAGAUUUUUAUGGAAGUGUCAGCACUAACAGGCGAAAAUGUGGAAGACCUUUUCUCCGAUGUUGGUGAGUAGAAUUGACUAUUCAUUGAUCUAAAGGGGGUAGGUUUCUAAAGAAACUGUGGCGCUAUGUCAUUGGUGGAAUAUAACAGAGUAAUUUCUCAGUAGUAUUAUCAACUAAGUUGAUAACGUAAAUUGGCCAUCAACGAGCGUUUUUAUUCAACUGGCCGUAGGGAUUAACACUGUCGAUUUAAAAGAUGUUUCACCAAUGUAUAGCUUUUUGCGAAAAGUUGUACAUUGGUAAAACAUUGGAAGACUAAUAAGUGACCGAUUCCGAGAACACCUUCGCGAAGUAGAAAGAAAUAACAAAGACGCAUCUUAACCAGUCGCUAGACACUUUAAUCUCUCUAACCAUUCUGAGCAGCAUAUGGCAGUUUGCGGCCCUUCCCUAAAUCUAGACAGUUCGGAAAGCCUCAAAACUCUAAAACAAUCUCCAGUCGUUCUGAUGAAAGGCUACCGCUGGAAACGUCAGCUUUUAAACUCUUUACGGUGGCUAAUUUACGCUAUCAACUCAGUUGAUAAUACUAAAUUACCCUAUUCAUAGAUGUGUCUGACAAACUGACGGUAAAGUCUGCACUUGAGUCCAUUGGUAUAUAAGGUGCCAGAGCUAAUCAUGAUUAUUUCAGCAUGAUGCAGCUUGGGGUUUUGAACCAAAACCUCUCUAUCUGUGGUUUAGGGUUCUAACCAUUUUACCGCCCCAUCUCCCAACAACCUGCCUUAUCAAUUACACUGCUUUUUUAAGUAGAUGUGUUUUCUCACAGGGUGUCUUUGUCAAAUGAUACGCUUUGCAGGCAUUGCAAUACUCUCCAACUGGUUUUGUUAAAAACCUGGGUUGAAAGGGGAUUCCCUAAUAUGCGUCGGCUAAAGGCCGACACAGACGGAAGAAAAUAUGCAACCACUUAUCAUAAUAUAAUCUAAUAGAGAAUGCUUUGUAAAUUAUCACAUACUCCACUCUUGCAUGAAGCCAGACUUGCUGAUAGCUUGGAGGUUGCGCCAUGACAUUUAAUGAAAAGCAUUGCAGAAAGCUUCAGAAAGUCUAGUAACGCCAUUCCUGCAGAGUGGCCAUUGUGGAACACUUCUUUCCAAUUAGCACUCGUUAAUGGAAAUGAGAAAAGUUCCAGUGGAUAGGCCUUGACAGAAAUCACAUUAUUUUUGCAGUCAAGUGUUCGUAUUAAAAAAAUAGUUGAGUAUAGGUUUCUGACUAAAGUUGAAUUGAAAGGGUAACUGUGAGAAUAUGUUUGUUACAAUUGUAUGUCUGUUGUAGCAGUGGCUGCUUCUAUGAAACAUGAGCUUGGAUAACUAGCAGUAAUUUCUCCCCGUGGAAAAACGACAAAAAAUUAUUAAUAGCAUAAUUGUUUUUAUGUUUGCUAGAAGAAAAAUGGAGUGCGAGGUUUUGUUCCUAGUGUCAAAAGUAGGUUGCUCCUGUUACCUAUACCAGUUAUAUCAAUUUUUCUAAGCUGUGUUUAGUUCUCUUAAUGUGAAACUCUUGCACUUCUUUCCUGUUAAUUAAGGUUUACAGGGAUGGUUCGUUAGGAAAUACUUGUGUUAUAGGUGUAGGCAUUAUUCAGGAUGUGGAGGGGCAAAGCUGACAGCGAACUGUCAUGUGGUACUUAGUUUUUUAUAAUUAUUUUAUUUUGUAGUGAAACGUCUAACUGAACCUGCAUCCUUUAUCAGCGAAACUUUGGCUCUCGAAGAGAAAACUUUGGAUCUCGAAGAGAAAACUUUGGAUCUCGAAGAGAAAACUUUAGAUCUGAGUAGGAGAAAUUUGGACAGUGGUCCGAGGAUUUAUCUCUUAGAGAAGUUUCUGCGUAGACGAGAGAACGUGAAAAAACUUGCAAAUAUCCUAUCGCUGAAUUUGAGCCACAACCGUCUUGAAAACCUACCUGUUAUUUUUCUACAAUUGAUCAACCUGACGUGCUUAAAUGUGAAUAACAACAGACUGUCCUCUCUGCCUGAAAGUAUUGGAUGCUUUAAACGACUUCAAGAGCUGGACUUGAGAAAUAACCAACUGAAGGUACUUGAUGUGGUUAGAAAACUGCCUGACCUUAGAAAACUAUUGGUUGAAGGAAAUCCGCUCACACUAGAGGAGAUCAGAAGUCUUAUUAAGCAUGUGGAUACGAUGACAAGAUCGAUCUCCGUAGACAUUGCAGGUAGUGUUACAUGA